AUGGUUGGUAUCCCGAGGAGCAAAGGAUGUCGCGUAUGCGUCAAGCGCAGAGUUAGAUGUGACUUAACACGGCCCAUCUGCAAUAACUGUGUCCGAGGCAACCGUCCCUGCCCAGGCUACGAUUCCGAUCUGAGGAUUUACGAUGAAGGUUCCAAAUUGCGGAAGCGAUUUGGCCAGAAGGACGAUUCAGAGUCUGGAAUCGGGGCGGACAGCGUUUCGCCCUCUACCAGCAACAACAGUCAAUCAACAGAGUCAUCACCCGAAGAAUCAACCGACCUGAUCACGCGUUUCAAUACACCGGACGUCGAAGUGCGUCGUUAUCGACCCUUCGAAGCGUUACCGGCUCGCAAUCCCUUUUUUGCCCUUCUAGAGAACCAGAUAUAUCCUGAUGCCGAUCUUUCAAAGUCGUCGAUGUCAACACCUCCAUGGGGCGGACUUUUCAAUGACGGCGCGAUCAGCCAGGACGUCCCAUUCGAAAUGGCACUCAUUGACCCCAUCUACGCCCCCAAUCUAGUUCAAGAACAACUUCUCAAUACCUUUUCUUCCUCUUUAAGCGGCCAUGGCCAACUGUUGCUUCCUCGUCAGAUGCGGAGCCAUCAGAACUGGCUGGUACAACUGCCUGUCCUGUUCGGUUCGAAACUCCUCGACGCCGCGGUUCGCGCCGUCUCUUUGGUUCAUUUAAGCAGAACGCGGCAGACGGAUUUAUUUGUGCAUGAAUCAAGACAAUACUAUGGCAAGGCACUGCGUCUUCUUAAUCAGUCAUUGAUGGAUGAUUCCACGGGCAUGUCGACCGAGACACUGUCGGCCACGAUCCUGCUGUCUUUUUACGAAAUGUUUGCCUCGGACUCCAAUCAAUCUUGGGUGCGCCAUGCUGGUGGUGCGGGGACCCUGAUGCGCAUUCGUGGCCCAGAUCGUCAUCUAUCAGGUCUAGAUCGGGAUGUUUACCUUGCUUACCGUCACACCAUCGUUAUUGAAGCCUUCAUGAGAGACGAAGCCUGCUUUCUAUCCGAGCCCCAGUGGGUCGAAAUGGCCAAAAAGAUUCAUGAGGAUCUACGAGCCUGUGGAAUUCCCAGUGAACGCAUGGGAAUUUUCGACCUGGCGGAGGAGUUCUACCUGGAGCACAUCUGCAUCCCGACGACAUUGCGAGAUGCCAAGAAUCUAGAGGAGGCUCGAAGACAGUUACCAGCAGACCAAUAUGCCGCUCAUGAAGAGGCCCUUCUUUUGCGGACUCGAUUGCAUAGAGCCAACCUCAAAUCCAUCAAUCUGAGAUUUCGGGCUGCACUUAAGAAACAAGGACUCGAAUUCUCGACGAUCGAAACCAUGGAUCCCGUGUUCCCAAAACAAUAUGUAUACGUCAACGUGUUUGUUUCGUCUACUCAAGUGGGCCAUUGGACAAUCAUGAUCAUACUCAACCUCAUUUUGAAAGGUAUCGAGAAAGACAUCGCGCCCGAGAAACAUGAGCUUUACAUUAUGGAGAAUCGAGAAAUCGCCCGGGAGAUAUGUCGGACUGCGCCUUUCAUGAUGACAUCAUCCUUCCUGGGGCCGUUUUUCAUCAUCUUCGCUCUCAGACUGUGCUUGAUGGUCUUUGAACCCGGGCAGGAGAGGGAUUGGGUCGUGCGCAAACUCCUGCAAAUAGGCGACACGCAUUUGAGAAUGGCGUCAGAUAUCCCACCCUUUGACCCCACGGGAAACUUUUAUGACUAG